AUGACUACACCUCGUACUGGAGUAGCCCAGGCCAUGGGCCAUGGAAAUGCUCUUUCACAGCUGCAGCCUGCGCAAGUUCGCACUCUGCGCGACAGCUUCCAGAUUCUCGAUCGCGAUUGCGAUGGGGCUAUCAACAGAGAGGACGUUGCUGAGAUGCUGCAGCAGCUAGGACUUCCCUCCGGACAUUCAGACGUCGGCCGUUUCUUCCCCCCCUCUAAACCGCAAACAGUUACCUUGGCGGCAUUUCUAAACUCUCUUGCCGAAAUUCUUGCCGCCUUGUCCGAUAGCAGUGAACUGCUCUCCGCCUUUUCAGCCUUUGACGACGAUGAUAGUGGGCAAAUUGACUGGGCGGAGCUGCGCAAUGCGGUUGUGAACACAGCUCCAGAACCUGGUGUGAGACCACUCACCGCAGCUGAUGUGGACUCUGCUGUAAGCGGCUUUACUGGUCGCCGUGCCUUCAACAGAAAUAUGAAUGCUCAAUUGGGUGCGAAGCGCGGCGAUGUGUUUCGCUAUAAUGAUUUUGUCAACUCCAUCGCUGGUGCCAGUACAUCUGGGGAGGCAGCAGCAAGCGGCAACGCAGCUGCAUAG